UGGUUUUAGCAUAGAUUGUAGUUUAUAGCUUUGGGAUAGGACUAUACAUUCUAAAAGAGUCUAGGUUAUUUUAAAACCAUAGUUGGGGUUUUAGUAGUAGACAUAGUUCAAGAAAAAGCUUGAGUUUUAUUUCUUCAGGACAGGUCAGGUCAGUAUUACGCUGGUCUUUAGAUGACCUUCAUGUGAAAGCAGUGAGGCCCUAACCUGAUCCAUGAUCCAACUAUGUGAAGAGACCGAGUCACUCUGAGCUCUCUGCCAGAUUUCAGUUAUUAAUAAACUCCCUGUUGUUGGUUUGUGAAAAGUAAUAUCCCCAUCAAAAGAGAAGGAAAAAUACUUAUGAGCAAGUCAUUAUAUGCAAUUUGAUUCAGCUCUCUUAAUCUGAAAUUGAGCAAGAAAAAUAGUUGUUGAUGCACAUGUUAAACACAAUAGGGCGGUGACAUUUAAACAAUGUCAAAGUAUACUGAACCUAUGAAAAUUCCUCUCUUCCCCAUUAUCCUUGGGCCUUUUUAUAGCAUGGAAACAAGAGAGAGCAGCUGCCCUUUUACUUUGCCUCCCUUGUGCGUUCUCUGACCGGCUCCUGUUUGUGACACGUUAUCUUUAUCUUCUUUUCUAACUCUCAGACUUAGGAACAUAUUCAAGCUGUCAUCUCUCUGACUCACAUACUAAAUCAACAGCACCCCUCACACACUCACUGACCCAUCGCACAACUAAGUCAUGGCGGACAGAAAGGACAGCAAGACUCCCAGCAAGGGUCUGAUAAAGAAGAAAGAGAAGAAAGUGGAGCGUAAACCCGAGAAGGAGAAAGAAAAGGUCAAAGAUAAGGAUGAAAAGAUGAAGAAAAAGUCAGAGAAGGCCCCAGAAAAUCAGCCCCAAAAUGAGGAUACGCCUCAGGGAAAUGGAGAGGUAGCAGAAGGAGCUCAGGGGCCAGCCAAAGAUGAGGAGUUUCAGCUGGAGCCUAUGGAGCUUCCUCCAUUUCAGAUCAUUGUAGGUGACAGAAUGAGCCCCAUCUUCUUUAAAUUCCAAUUUAAAAAUGUGGAAUAUUCCUCAGGGCGAAACAAGACCUUCCUGUGCUACCAGGUGGACAUACAAGGGGCCACUGGAGAGCCAGACGGGCUUCGUGGUUUUCUGGAGGAUGAGCAUUCGUGUUCACACGCUGAAGAAGCUUUCUUCCAGCAAGUGCUGGCCUUUUACGACAAGACGCUUCACUACACAGUAACCUGGUACACGUCCUCUAGCCCCUGCGCAGCUUGCGCUGCUAAGCUUGUGGAGAUCUUGCAAGCCCGCAAGACGCUCCGCCUUAUCAUCCACUGCUCCCGCCUCUUCCUGUGGGAGGAGCCAGAGAUACAAGCCGGACUUCAGGCGCUAGUUAGUGCGGGUUGUAAGCUACGCAUGAUGAGACCUUUGGAUUUUGUAUACGUUUGGUCUACCUUUGUAGAGAACGAGGAAGACAACUUUACACCCUGGGAGGACUGUCAAGAUAACUAUCAAUAUUAUGAUGACAAGCUGUGUGAUAUUUUAAAGUAGAAAAAGAUGUUAGCCAUAGAGAUUUGAUUAAAUAACAUGCUUAAAGGGAUAGUUCACCCACAAUUAAAAAAUCUGUCAUCAUUUACUCACCCACAAGUUGUUCCAAACCUGUAUAAAUUACUUUUUUUGCUGAUCACAAAGGAAGAUAGUUGGAAGAAUGUUAGCAAUUUUCAAUUCUGGGACAUCAUUGACUACCAUAGAAGGAAAAAUAAUAAUGUCAAAGGUGCCGCAAAACAGUUUGCUUUUCUAAAUUCUUAAAAAAUAAACAGAACAAAAAAAUGACACAAUAAUUUGUUCUACUAUGGUGAACAACUUGAGGGUGAGUAAAUGGUGACAGAAUUUUCAUUUUUGGGUGAAGUAUCCCUUCAAGUUUCUGGUUGGGAAUUUAAACUUCUGAAUCAAAUUCAAACCACACUUGUGUAUUUAGGAGGGUUCUUAAAUGUAUGGGAUAACCUUACUUUACAUCACCAAAUAACAGUUUUAGUUUUUAGUUGGAAAAACUGGCCUUGAUUGAUUUUGCAAAACCAAAUAGAGUUUGCUCUGAUCACCAUGUUUUAAUAUAAAUAUAAACAUAUAUUUUUUAAACAUAUGGAAUUCUCAUAGUAAAGAACAUCCUUUAUGUUAAUAUAAUAAUGACUAUGACCAUGACAAUGACAUGACUAAAUUACAAAGCUUCUUUUUGAUAACUGGUGAUACUAUAGCCCAUUUUGUAAGAUGUAAACAAAACUGGUGCGUUUCCACUCUACAUAAACAUUAGAACAUAAAACAACCAACAGAGAAUUUAGAACAAAAUGUUAAACCAACAUCUUUAAGACAUAAUUACAUGUAAUAAAUAUUAAACUAAAAAUAUAUACAGUAUAUUGCAAUAUACCGUUAUAUACAGGGCUUGACAUUAAGCAUUGUCAUGUGGUUGUACUUCGGACAAAUACAUUUGUCAUUCACUUGUCCGAGUACAAAAAUUAUUUGUCCAAAGAUAAAAAAUAUUAUUUCAUUUGAAUUAUAAUAUAAUAUAAUCAAUAUAAUGUUUCGGAUUUAGAUUGGUCACGUUUGCUUCUAAGCAUUUUAACUAGUGUCCGCUUUGGCCGCCUGAAUUUGGUUAUAGGCCUACUCUCCGUGACUGCUAUAAAAAAAAGCAAGCAGUAAUUAUUAUUAGUGUUAAGGCUGUAAGUUAACUUUUUUUGCACAUAGCACUGAUGCUAGAGAGGUAAAGUUUGGUAGCACAGGCAGAAAUGUGCAAGUGUAGUUCAUUAUGAAUAGGCAGAUAACUGACAAAACACAUUAAUGUUACAUACAGAAGGAUACAUUAGGGCCAUAUCAUUUUUAGAUUACCUAAAUUUGUUUUAAUAUUUCAAAGUUCUGUGUUUUUCCUUUUUUACUAUACAAUAGUGGUAUAUUUGUCCACAUAAAUUACUGUAGUAUACUAUAGUAUUUACUAAAGAAAACUGCAGUAAAAUUCUUACUAUAAUGUUUUUUAACUUUACUAUAGUAUACAGUGUUUAUCAAUUGACUACAAGGGCACUUCAAUUUUCAAUAGCAAAUACUAUAAUACACUACAGUAUUUUUUGUCUGAGUGUUCAAUUUAACAGGACUUUUAUUUUGACGGGACUUCGGGAAGACGCUUGUUUGCAGAUAGCUUCACUCAAACAGUAAAACGGUCGUAAAAUAAACUCUCAGAGCAACUCUGGAG